AUGGACGGCAGUUACCAGAAAAUCCAUGAAGCCCAUCCAAAUUAUGGAGGAGUAGACCAAAAUUCAGUCCCUCCAAUGCAAGGAGGACAACCACCAAUACAGAGUGGAUAUCCAAGUGGACCACUUCCUCCAGGACAAGGAGCAUACUCGGAUCCGAGUAGAUAUGCAGCAGGAGCAACUCCACCAGUUCAAGGUGGUUAUUCUGGAGAAGUACCAUCACAAAGUCAAUAUCCACAACAAGGAGGAUACACUGGAGGAUCAGCACCUCAGCAACAAGGAGGAUAUGCUGGAGGACCAGUACCUCAGCCACAAGGAGGAUAUGCUGGAGGACCAGCACAUCAGCCACAAGGAGGAUAUGCUGGAGGACCAGCACCCCAGCCACAAGGAGGAUAUGCUGGAGGACCAGCACCCCAGCCACAAGGAGGAUAUCCUGGAGGGCCAGCACCCCAGCCACAAGGAGGAUAUCCUGGAGGGCCAGCACCCCAGCCACAAGGAGGAUACCCUGGAGGACCUCAGAGUGGAUAUUCCGGUGGGCCACCACAAGGGCCAUACCCGCCACAGCAGGGAUACCAAGGUGCACCACCGCCUAUGCACGGUGGUCAGUAUGGAGGGAAUUCUUUAGCACAGGUUACAAAUAGCAGUGCACCCCUUACUGCUCCUGCUGGCCCAAAUGCUACUGGAACACCCUUAUCUUUUCCCCAAGGAUAUAAGCCUCCCCAGUUUGAUGGCAAUACCCCAGACGGAGAGAUGCCUGUCCCAGAUCAACCUCCACCUCAAAUGAACCCUGUGGCUGGCUAUGAAGGAGCUGGUUUCACUGCUGGGGAUUUUUUACCUCCCCCUACACCAUUUCAGAGUCCAGUUCCAAGUGCACCGGAGGAACAGAGAGGAGAGAUUCCAGAUGUUGCUAACUGGAAAGAGGAGGAUGUGAAAACUGCUCUUCUGGAUUACAUUUCUGGAAAACGGUGCUAUGGAAAAGGCACAGCAAACGACAUGGUCAUCAAAGAAAUUCUUAACUCGUGUGGCUUUCAUUACAAGCUGGAGACAUUUACAGAAGGGCGACAAGUGAGCUGGGAACACGAACCAUACAACAUGGGGAUGUCUGUUGAUGGACCUGAGAUGGGUGUGCCUCCUCCGCCAUGGGAAAUUCCUGUUCAAGUGCCGGAAUAUUUUAAGAAAGAAAGUCUAAAAGUAGAAGUACCCCAUACUGCUUAUGUUAAGCCUUGUCAUAAGUGCUGUGCUCAAGGUUUUGUUCCAUGUCGUGAGUGCUGGAGUCGGGGACAGCGAAGGUGUUCAUGGUGCCAUGGUGAUGGUUUAAGACAUGAAUCUACAGAUCCCGAUGAAUGCAACUGGUGUCAUGGAAGUGGACAUCGAAUUUGCCAGAAAUGCGAUGGUCGUGGGAUGGUUAUUUGCUCAGAUUGUAAAGGCGAAGGAAGUCUGAAGUUUUUCUUGGAACUUAAAGUUAAAUGGAAAACCCAUAGUGAAGAUUUUAUCAAAGAGGACACACCUCUCCCUGAUGAGUUGGUUAAAGAUGUGUCUGGGUUGAUUGCCUUCCAGGAAACUAACAUGAUGUCUCUUAAUAUCUAUUUAUCUAUCUUUUUAUUUAUUUGUCUCUUAAUAAUUAUCUAUCAAUAUCUGUUUCUUAAUAUCUAUCUCUUUAUCUAUCUAUCAAUAUCUAUCUAUCUAUCUUUCUAUCUAUCUAACUCUUCUCUUCAUUAUCUAUCUAUCUAUCUAUCUAUCUAUCUAUCUAUCUAUCUAUCUAUCUAUCUAUCUAUCACUGUCUUAAUAUCUAUCUAUCUAUCUAUCUAUCUAACUGAUAUUAACGAAGCUUCCAAAAAUCUAAUCCAGAAACACGCAAGCAAUUUCCCUACAGAAAGAAUCCUGCAACAGAGGCAUUCACUGAGAAUAAUCCCAGUUGCAGACGUGAAAUAUGAAUGGAAUGACACUGUCUCCAAUUUCUUCGUCUAUGGUGAAGAGAAAAAAGUGUAUGCCCCCAACUAUCCGCAGACAUGUUGUUGGGGUUGCGCCAUUCUUUAA